AUGCGAAACGACAACAUAUGCCAUGUCCUGGACUGUGAUAAAGCCCACAACAUAGCCGUGACUAAUAUGUAUUUCAAGAAAAGACCAACACUGCUGGUCACCUACAGCAGUGGUAGCCACGAGAUUCACAUUGACUACUGGAUGGUCCAGAGCAUCCCUAGACAUUCCAAUGGACCUCCUGCAAUCGGCAAAGAUGCCAACAACCGGCCCAAAAAGAUUAAGCGUGGGAAAUUGAACAUGCACACGAACAAACUGACAGCUACUCUGGCCGACUUGGUGGUGAAUCGUGAUCAAACGGUGGAGAUUAUGUGGUACAAAGCUGUGGAGCAGAUACUUUGGGCAGCAGAAACUUUUGAACAGUUUAUCUAUUGCUUUAUCAAACUAUGUUUGGUAAGCAUCCCCUGUAUGUUGUUGUCUACAGUGCAUGACAGGGAUUUGGAGGAAGACAUUGAAGCAGACACCAGUGGGGAUGUUAGGAGACUGCUAACAUUGCUUCUCGAGGGCAACAGAGACGAGAGCUACGAGGUGGAUGAAGCACUGGCAGAGCAAGAUGCCGUCUCACUGUUUGAAGCUGGAGAGGACUGCUUUGGCACAGAUGAGUCAACUUUCAGCUUCAUUCUGGCCACCAGGAACUACUUACAACUGCAGGUCACAUUCAAAGCUUAUGAAGCCAUUUCUGGAACAGAGAUUUUGGAUGCAAUCGAUAAGGAAAUCUCUGGAACUCUGAAGGACUGCUACACUGCACUCGUGAGGUGUGCUAAGAACCCUCAGCUAUACUUUGCCCGGAAGCUGAAUGCCGCUAUGAAAGGUGCCGGAACUGACGAAGACACUCUCAUCCGCACCAUUGUGUGUCGCUCAGAGAUCGAUCUGGAGACCAUUAAAGACAUGUACCUGGAGAAAUAUGAUGUGUCUCUAAAAGACGCCAUCAGCUCGGAAUGCGGCGGAGAUUUCAAGCGCCUCCUGCUGGCCAUCCUUCACUAAAAGAAACACAAUCCGAGUGCUUACCAUGGACCAAGGAGGUUUUCACUACAGUCACAAUCAAGGCAAACUAACAUGACUCAUUUUGUGUCCUGUUGUCUAUAAAUAUGUUUUAUAAAGCUUAGUUUAAAGUGGAGAAUUAGUAACACAGGCUUCAAGUACAAUAUGUUUAAUAUGAAUGUUUUAUUACACUGUGCAAAUAUGUAUUUCGUAGAUGCAUAACACCACUCAAAAGUCAUUUGUGUCCAGUUUCUGUGACAUUCCUUAUUCUUGAGGCAUAAUUGGCCAGUUGAAUUUGUUUAAGUGGAGUCUUGUGGUUUCCAGGAGUAUAAGAUAACAUUGUUACAUUAUGAUGAUUAGAAGUUGAGAAGUUCAUACGUAAAUAAUACAAAGCCAGCAUUUACAUUUUCUGUUGAGUAUUUUUCCACACUAAAACCUCACAGUUUUAUCAUUUCAAAAUGUGCAUGACAAUGUGAAGUCUGAAUAUUUAUGUGAAUGACUUCGUGAAGCAUAAAUGCUCAAAUUACAAUGUAACAUUUACGGUCUGCGAAACAAUUGCCUAUUUAUGAGACUUCAUUAAUUUGUCCACUUGUGGUAAAAUAUCUGGAUUAUUGAAGCAACAGUUUUUACUCACCCAGUUAAUAUACUGUAUGUUGUUGUAACGAACACAAUACUAAAGUAUUUCUAUUAUUAACAUGGAGUAAUUUUAAUGUAACUUACAGUAUAUUUUAAUAUAUCUGUAACACAAGAAUACAGGCAGAGUUCUGCUGUCCUCCCAAAAAAUUUCUUUUAUCAGAUUAAUAUGAAGAACUUUCACUAUGCUGUGUAGGCCCAUGUGUCAGUUGCAUGGUAUAAAUGAGUUGCAGGACUUACUAUUAGAAAAAUGACUAUUAAAGUUUGAAUAAACAUGAGAUGGAA